AUGAAUUUUGCUCGUUUAGUUAGAAACAACCGUAUAGCAAACUCUAGUGCUUUAGAAGCAGUAAUUAGAGGACCUAAGAAGAAGAAGGGUGGUGCAGGUGGUCCUGCCGAAAUUACAUCUGAAGAUGUCAUCAAUAUUUGGAAAGAUAGAACUGAUCCCGAAUUAAAUCCCAUCAAUACUUAUCCUAUUUGGUUGAGUCAUUUACUUCUCCCUCAACUCCGUUUUGAGCAAGUUGCCGAAGUUUACAUGGCUGAUGAAGAUUUAUUGAAACCUCAUAAUCGUGACAUGAAGAGACUCAUUAAUCAAAUUAGAAGAUUUGGUAUUUACGAAUAAAAUUACACUAAGCUUGCAAAGUCUUUAUCCUUAGACUUCGUUUUACCUGCUAGACAAGAAAAGGAUCUCUUCACUUCUACCAAGGACGAACAAGAAGAAGAAAAGGCAGAAGGAGAAGAAGAAGGCGAAGAAGACGACGAUUGA